AGAACUCGGAGAGAGAGAGAGAGAGAGAGAGAGAGAGAGAGCGAGCAACGAUGGAGGGAUUGGGUGGGGAUGGAGCUCAGAAGGCGGCGGUGAUCUCGCGGCUAAUGGCGGCGAAGAGGCUAUCGGGGAAGACGCACAGCCAGAUCGCAGCGGAGACGGGCCUCACGAACGUCUACGUUGCUCAGCUCCUACGCCGCCAGGCGCAGCUCAAGCCUGGGCCGACCACCGCCGCCCUCCGUGCCGCCCUUCCAGCGCUUGACGACGACCUUGUCGCUGAGAUGAUGGCCCCUCCCUUUCGUUCCUUCCGCCCUGAUCUCAUCCAGGAACCUGCCGUAUAUAGAUUGAAUGAGGCUGUCAUGCAUUUUGGAGAGAGCAUCAAAGAGAUUAUCAACGAGGAUUUUGGUGAUGGCAUAAUGUCAGCUAUAGAUUUUUACUGCUCUGUCGACAAGAUUCAAGGUGUUGACGGCAAGGACCGUGUAGUUGUUACAUUUGAUGGGAAGUACUUGCCCCAUAGUGAGCAGAAAACUGACCAUAUGGUUUCAAGGUUGAAUCGGCAAUAGGAUUUUCUCCGACUGCUGGACAUCGAAAAACUUGUACUCGGCGAUGAUGCGUCACGAUGGGAAGAUUGUAUCAAUAAGAAUUAUUAUUAUUAUCAAUUGUAUCAAGAUAUAUAUAUGAAAAAACCGAUCACAUUGUUAAGGCUUGUUGUGCUGCUUUUGCUCUUCUUUGCAAUAAGUUAAGCUCAAUGUUGAACUGAUUUGUGUGUGUUCUAUACCUUUUUGGAUUUAUGGCAGCUUGAGAUUUAAUUGUA